CGGAGGAGUCGCAGCUGCCCGCCCGCCUGCCUUCCUCCUCCUCCUCACUCGAUCGCCCGCUAUGGACUCCUUCCCGGGGGAAGACCCCACCUUGCCUGUGGCGUUCAACGGCAGUGUCAACAUUUCCCAACUGCCAGAUGUCUCAGGAGAUGAAAUUCGUAUCCCUCUGGGAGGUGGCGGAGCAUUACCGGAUGUGGCGGAAGUUUCACCCACCAGAGCACGGACCAUGAAGGAUUUUGAAAACCAAAUCAUCGAGCUGCGAAAAGAAAACUUCAACCUGAAACUGCGCAUAUAUUUUCUGGAAGAACGAAUGCAGCAGAAAUUUGAUGGUCCAAGUGAAGAGAUCUACCGAAUUAAUAUUGAACUCAAAGUCGAAUUGGAAAGCCUGAAACGAGAACUGCAGGAGCGGGAACGAUUGCUCAUCAAGGCAUCAAAAGCAGUGGAAAGCUUGGCUCAGGGUGGUGAUGCUGAAAUCCAGCGUGUCCAGGAGGAGGCUCAUAAGAAGGUCCAGGAAGUAGAAGAAAGUUUGACAAGCAGAAUAAACCUUUUGGAAGAGGAUCUUAAAACUGCGCAUGAAGAACUGAAAAAAGCGUGUGCUGUGACAGAACGGGAGAGAGCUCUAAGAAUGGCUGCUGAUCAUCAGCUCUCUUUGCUUAAAAAUAUCCCACCCAAGGACCUGGAUAUGGUGGUGGCACUCGAAGAAAAAGACAGGUGUGUAGAGCAGCUGAGACUAUCACUGAAAGACAAAGAUGUUCUCAUCCAGUACCUGGAAGAGGCUAAGUCCCAAGGUGGAUUUUCUGAGGAGAAUUUGUCUGCAGAGAAAAUCCAAGCUUUGAUGGAUGAAAAAGAGAGGGAGCUUCAGGCUAUCAGAACAGAACUCCGAAAUGAGAAAAAUGAAUUAGAAAAACAAAUUCAGUCACUCCAGGAGGAACUGCAUGAACGGGAGAGGGAGCUUUCUGUGGAAAGAAGAAAUGCUUUGAAACGGGACAAGACUAUCCAGGGGUUAACGCUUGCUUUAAAGGCCAAAGAAAAUGAGAACGAAGAGCUUAGUUCUGAAUUGGAAAGUUUAAACGCCUCAUUGGUCAAGGCCAGAGAGGCCACACAUAAAGCUCAGAUGCAGACAUUCCAGGGUGCCGAAGGUUACCAGGCCCUCUUGACUGAAAAAGAGAACCUCCUGGCAGAGCUGCGUUCUGAAAACCUGACCAAAGACGUGGAGAACCGUAAGCUCCAGCAGAGAAUGAGGAGGAGCGAUCAAGAGCUGGCCGAUCUGCAGUUUGAGAGGGAGAGACUAGUGAAGGAGCUCGAAGGAGCCCAGCUGCAGAGGAGUAAAAGUGACAAAACCAUUAAUGACCUCCGAAAUCAGCUUGAGAAAUCUCACGACGAAAUGGUUGAGAAAGACAAGGCGAUGGAACAACAUUACAACGCUCUUUUGAGCGAAAGCAAUCAGAAAUUGCAAAGCCAAGAAUUGGUCGUCAUGCACUUAAUGGACAGUGCCAGUCAGAAGGAUCAGAUGCUCCAGAAACUAGAUGGGAUGGUUAAAGAAAAGGACAGGGAGCUUCAGGAAUUGUUUGCGAAGUCUCAAAGUCUUUUAAAUGAUAAAGCCAUUCUCCAGAGUCAGAGCGAGGGCUUGGCGAAGGAAGAGUGUGCUGCUGAGUCUCAACAGCCCCUGAUCAAAACGUUCCAAGGAUCUGAGCAUGCAAAGGAAUCUGAAUAUGCAGAAGCGAUUGAAGCCCUAAGAAAAGAACGUGACAUUUUUUCAAAUCUGAUAAAAUCUCUGAAAGAUGCUGAAGGGGUAAAUAACCUGCAAGCAGAGCUGAACAACAUUUCUCUGUUACGCAAGCAACUGGAAGAUGACAUCUUGGCGAACUGGAAUUUGCGGAAAGAACUGGAAGAGCAAAUCAAGGCUAACAAAGGGGAAGAGGAAACUUUGUUUUCUUGGGGUGACCAGACCUCUUACAUGAGUAUUUGCAUAGGCGAACAAGAUCCCUUAAACUUGCGGAUAGACCAGCUGUCUCUGGAAGAACUUAAGAAAAAGAUUAUGGAACUCCUCUUGUUGGUGAAGGAGCUGCGUUCGGUUAAUCAAAGUCUCAGAGAGAAGCAGCUGGAUGGUUCCAAGGUGGAUUCUGUGGCACAGGAAAAACUGCAAACAUUAGAUGAGAAUGAGAAGCACGACAUGCAUCUGCAGGACCGCAUCCUAUACCUGGAUGAAGAACUGAAAGAUAAAUGUGAACAACCUGAGUCACUUCAAGAUGAUUCACAGCUGAGCAAAACUGCAAGCGGGAGACCUGAACAAGAAGAGAUAUUAGUAGGAGCUGCAUCCUUGAUCCAGCUUGAUUGCUCGGAAGCAGGUGUUAGUUUGGUCAGUGGCGACAGCAAAGGAGAGAUGAGCAAGGACCAGAGCAGCACCCAAGAAACAGAAGAGCAAAAUCAAGAGGUUUAUUUCCUGGAUAAACCAGACAUUGACUCAGCUACUAUGUAUUCCGGUUCCAAGAGCUUGCUCUCGCUCAAACUGAGUGUAACAAGCACUGAUGUUUUUGAUGAGGACACCAUAGAUGACACUGAGGAACUGCGACAGAAAGUUAAAGAUCUGAAGGCUGACCUGGUGAAGUACAGAACGCUGCUGCUCCACUUGCAACCUGCUAAGCAGCUCCUCCCCAGCGAUGUUCUCAGUAUCAUCCAGAGUGAUGGAGAGUUGCCUAUGGACAGUCCCUUUCUCCCAGUGCUAGACAUUGGUAGGCAAGAGGCAAAGAUCUUAUCUGGCAGCCACCAGCAAACAGAGUAUCAAAUCCACAUUGAGAAUCUGGCUUCUCAAGCCGCAGAAAAUCAGAACGAAGUCACCACUGAGAAGCUUAAAGAGCUGCUGCUGGAAAACGAGGCCAAGCUUAAAAAAGAGCAGAUUGCAAAUACACACCUCCUGGAUGAAGUGGACCGUCUACAAAAUCACCUCAAAGACAUGUCACCAUUGAGGUGUGACACUCCGGUCCUCUCCCUGAUGCAUGAGCACUCCAGCCAGAGCCAGAAAAUUCAGGCCAUCCACAGCGUCUGUGUGACUUACCGCCAACACCUGACCAACCUGAUCAAAGCGUUUGAGGAACUCCUGCAGGCCAGCGAAGUAGAUUACUAUGUUGCUGAGGGCUUCCGCGAGCAGCUCAAUCAAAGUGUCCAGAUGUUUGAGAGGCUGGAGAAGCAGUGCUUGAACGGAGAGUCAUUAGAUGAUGAAAGGACUAAACUUUACGAAUUUGCCCAAAGCUUAUCCAACUUUGAGACGGCAGAAAAGUCACCCAUUUUGAACUCACCCGAACAUAACCCAGAAGGCGUAGAGCAGGUGACAGAGCAGCAAGCGAUUGUGCCAGCCAAGUUUCCCCCAGAACUGUUAAUGGAGCAUCUCCAAGAAAUUCGAAUGCUGAGGCACCAGCUCGAAGAAUCCAUUAAAACCAAUGAUCGCUUGAGAAAGCAGCUCGAGCAGCAGGUGGCGGACUCUGCCCUGGACCAAGGUUCUGCAAACGUUUGUAUCCAUGGCUCGGAGCAACAUAAUUCCCUGACUUCUGAAAUUCAUUUCCUGAGGAAGCAAAAUCAGCUUCUGAAUGUAAUGCUGGUGAAAGGAUCUCGAGACAAACAAAAGGAAAACGAAAAGUUGCGUGAAUCGCUUUCAGUGAAGAAUGUCAUUGUCGAGCGCCUUCACAAGGACUACGAGUGCAUGAAAAAGGAAAACGAGAAGCUGCAAAAGCAAGUGGGCAAGAGGGAGGAAGAGAACGGGCAGCUGACGCAAGAGGUUUAUAAUAUCAGAAAUGAGUUAAAUAGGCUGCAGAUAGAGCUGAACGCAAAACAACACCAGCAGUCGGAGAACAACAGAUUGCUGCAGUCGCUGCAACUUGAGCUCAAGGUGUAUGAAAAGUUAGACGAGACAAUCAGAAGUCAAAAAGAUCUCAGGCGCGACGGAUCCGACGAGUGCUGGAAAGAUCAAAACAGCCCACUUGACUUGCAUGAACUAUUAACUGAAAUACGGGACCUGAGAACGCAGCUUGAAAGAAGCAUCCAGGCAAACAGCACAUUGCACGAAAAGCUAGAAGAGCAGCUUUCGAGAGGCAGGAGAGAGAAAGGCAGCUCAGGGUCAACUGUGAAUAUCAACUACCUUUUGAAACAAGAACUGCAGCAUUACACUGGGAUAAAUGAGUUCAAAUUCCCCGCUGCCGACAGCAACGUCCUUGACUUACAGCAGAAGUACGGGUGCUGCACAUCACCGUUCAAAGCAGAUGCAGAGCUAUCUUUGGAUGACUCGGACAGAUCUUCCCAGUGCAGCUCCUCAGCAAGCCAGUCCCAUGAGCCUUGCAUUGUUCCUGGCCAUUGCGUGUGGGCAGACAGAAAUGGCAGACACGUCCUUGGCUUGGUCGAGGACUAUAAUUCUUUACGGAAGCAGAUCUCUGAAACGCGAAAGCUGCUGUCUGAACUGGUGCUUCCUCUGAAAGCCAUGGGACAUCAGGAGCUUGGAAUGAAGGUUGCUUGCCAGGCAACUCUGGACAGACAUUCUGGAGCCAUCUGUGCUGCACAGCACAACUUGGAAGAAGCGACUCGUCUCUUGAAGCUCUUCUGGAGAGUCUCAUUACCUAUGAAGGUUGUCCAUCAAGCGGCUUACUCUCUUCAGGAUGAAAGCAUGAAAGCAGAGCUGCAUCAGCUCCGGAGGAAAUUGGCCGAGCAGGAAAAGACAUUGCACAGCACCAUGAUGCACUUGCACUCGACCAACCAGCUGAAAGAAAACAUGGAGAAAGUCAUCAUCAAUCAGUUGGCCUUAACUCACGACGUUUUAAAGAAGGCGAGAGGAAACCUGGAAGUUCAGCCAGCCGAGAACAAAAUCUCAGCCGCCUGUUUGAGCACGAAGAGGGCUCUGUGAAGGCAGCGGAGCCCCAAUAAAGGCCAAUAUUCCAUACUGACCCUCUUCUUCUGACUGUUUCCUUUCUCUCAGGGCCUCGUUAGUUAUUGUCUUUCAGAUUGACUUUCUCAGCAUAUCAUCUGCAUCUCGCACUUGCUUGGGGGG